CCAUUACAACAACCAGUUUAUUUACGCCUAGGCAAGGUCAGUGCCGUAACAGCUCCCAGCCGAAACCUAUAUCAUUAAGACAAGUUCCAACGACUGCUGUGAAAGGGAUUCUAGGACUUUUUGGACCUCAAACGCAGCCUGUACUAUUAUAGUAUAUUUUGUGAAGGAAAGAGUCGACCGUUAUACUGUAAAUUUAUAAUACAUUCACAUAAAUCUUAAUACGACGAAACGGUUUCGUUGGACAAUUUUGGAUUCUAAAGAAGAAUGGAGUCCACUCAUCUCCGUCCAGAACUCGAGAAACUCAUCGCGAAAACAGAUAUUAGCAGAUGGAGAUUGAAUAUCGCGAAGGAUUCAGCAGAGACUUGGGAAUAUUUAUCGGAAGAAGACUCGAAGAAAAGACCGUUAACAUUUAAGGAAAAGUACUAUCUUGGAAUAGACCCAGAAGCAAAAAAACUUGGUCCAGCGAAGACUCCGCUAGAGAGUGCAAGAAAUGGUUUCGAAUUCUUUCGCAACCUCCAGAACGAUGACGGACAUUGGGCUAGUCCGUAUCAGGGACCGUUGUUCCUGAUUCCAGGAUUUGUCCUUUCAUAUUACAUUACACAGACUCCGCUCCCUGAUGGAUGGGCUACGGAAAUUGUUCGAUACUUGACAAACCAUACGAAUGACGACGGUGGAUGGGGUAUUCACACAGAAGGCGAGUCAACCGUUUUUGGUACGGUCAUGAACUACGUCGUCCUUCGUCUUCUGGGUAUGGAGGCCGAUCAUCCUGUGGCUGCGAAGGCUCGUCAUUGUCUGCAUGGACUUGGAGGUGCCAUUGGUGCACCCCAUUGGGGCAAGUUUUGGCUUGCUUGUUUAAAUGUUUAUUCUUGGGAUGGUGUGAAUCCUAUUCCUCCGGAGCUUUGGAUGCUUCCCGAAUGGAUUCCCGCACACCCCAGCAAAUGGUGGUGUCAUGUACGAAUGGUUUACCUGCCAAUGGGUUACAUGUACGGAGAAAGACAUGCCUGUCCAGUAAAUGACUUAAUUCUUGAGCUCCGCAAGGAGCUUUAUGUUACACCGUAUUCCGAAAUUAACUUCCGAAAACAUCGCAACAAUGUGAAUCCAAUUGAUGUGUAUUGCCCACACACUUGUCUUUUAGACUCCAUCAAUUGGAUCGUCGAGAAGUAUGUGCAUUACGUUCGACCAAACUUUGUUCGUACGGCUGCAACCAGGGCUGCUUAUGACUUGAUUAAGAUUGAGAAUGAAAACACAGACUAUGCAUGUCUCGGUCCGGUAAAUGCCUGCAUGAAUACACUUUGUGUGUAUUUUCACGAAGGUCCCAAGAGCUAUGCAUUCAAGCGUCUCAUUGACCGGUUACGCGAGUUCAUGUGGAUUCAACCGGAAGGAAUGUGUAUGCGGGGAACAAACGGCGUUCAAAUCUGGGACACAUCGUUUGCUCUGCAGGCCUUGUACGAGUCAAAGCUUAUUUUUGAGAAGGAAUACCUUGGCAACGCACAAAAAGCACUCAACUUUUUGGACAAUAUGCAAGUCCGUAAGAAUGUUGGUGGAAAAGGUUACCGUCAUAGCAACUUUGCUUGUUGGCCAUUCAGUAACGUUACCCAAGGCUAUACGGUGUCAGACACGACAUCUGAAGCUAUGCGGGCGGUUAUGAUGGUGCAGUCUGUCCCGGGUAUCUUGUCUCGUGUCAGCCGUAACCGUUUGCGCUGGGCUGUUGAUUUAUUGUUGACUAUGCAGAACGACGAUCUGGGCUUUGCGUCGUAUGAGCCUAUUCGCAGUGGAGCUUGGUUGGAGAAAAUCAAUCCCGCUGAAGUUUUCGGCAAGAUCAUGGUCGAGUAUUCGUAUCCAGAAUGUACGACAUCCGUUGUUCUGGCCCUGAAAACGUUCUCCAACUUGGAUCCGGAGUAUCGACUUUCGGAUAUCAAUGAGACAAUUGACAAGGCGGUUCGUUACAUCGAAGGAGCCCAACGGCCGGAUGGCAGUUGGUACGGAAGCUGGGGUAUUUGUUUCACGUAUGCCGCUAUGUUUGCCACGGAGUCUCUUGCUAUUGUUGGCAGAACGUACGCCAACAACGAGCACCAAAAGCGGGCAUGUGAAUUUUUAUUGUCCAAGCAACGUGAAGACGGCGGCUGGAGCGAGAGCUAUAUUGGUUGUGCUACCGGUGUGUAUACCGAAUGGCGGGAUACAAGUCUUGUCGUUCAGACAUCGUUUGCUCUUCUAGCAUUGAUGAAUGCAGAGUAUCCGGACCGGGAACCGAUUGUUCGUGGUAUUCGAUUCCUCAUGAAGAGUCAGCGUGACGACGGCAGCUGGCACCAAAAAUCCAUGGAAGGCAUCUUUAACAAGAACGUUUCCAUUGCCUAUCCCAACUAUAAAUUCUAUUUUUCCAUUAAGGCUCUUGGUAUAUUUGCCGACAAGUACGGAAACUCGAUUGAAAACUAGUGGCAGUAGGAAAAAACGAGACAGAAUAACUUUGUUUUUUUCUUUUUUUUUUUGGUAUUUAGCAGUCCAGCGGGUGACGUGCGUUGUUUUAAACUGUUAAUCUCUUUCUCUCUCUCUCACUCUCGACUCAAACUCAAACUCAGUCGUUUAUAUGCUACUUUACUUUCGGUGAAAGGGGAAGCCAUCCUGUAAAAUCUACUAGUCUCCACACUUUGGAGCAUUGUAAUUCAUAAGUUAAUUCAGGACACAGAGAGGCUAAAGUACUUCUACGAAACUGUAUUCUCUUUCUUUGUACUCUAAACCUUUUGACAAAUGGGCUACUUGUUUGGCAAGUCAACAGACACGGCGUUUGGAAUCAUCAACUGACGGCUUUACACUACUCUCCACUCCAUCGUAACGAAUUAUGGUAAUCGUAAUCAUGUCAUUACUGCCAUUUGUAGCUGUGCUGUUCGCAAAUCUACUCCAAAAGAUGGUCUAUUCUUUCAGAUAAUCCCGAAGCUCCUUUAGGUCGCUCUGACCAGUGGCAUCAGUGAGCUGGCCCUUCAUAAUGGUCUCUUUUUUAUCAUUUGCAUGAUGAUGAUGGUGAUGAGGAGGAGGACCGCCAAUUUCAGCAGAAUUGUUGUCUGGUGCCUCAGUUUCCAAUUCAGCUUCUAAACGAUUGUGAAGCGUGCGCUGGUCUUUAGAGUCAUUUAACUUAUGAGCAUGAUUGUGCUUGUUGGUUGUCUGUUGAUGAUGUUUUCCCGUACGCUCAUCUGAGUCGUUCGUGUGUGCAAGGUAAUGAGACCUGGAGGACAUGGUUGUUAAUCAAAAAAAAAAGAGGAACUUCUGCUGGGAUUGCAAUUGAAUGUUGUUGUUGUGUGCUCUAAUAGACGGCGCACCCGCGUCAAUUUAUACUUGUGCCAUUUCUUCAUGAAACGUACUCUACGUCAGAACAAUUAACGGCCGCUGUGAACGGGAACAUGGUGG